AUGCAAACGUUCAUUGUGACAACGUGCGCACUUUUAUUAUCGAUUUCCGUUGCACUUUAUUAUUUGUUGACGACGACCGAGAUUCUCGGCUACGUGAAAAUCGCCUAUGAGUCGAGACACGAUUCUGUUUCGCUGAGCGCGAUUCAGAAGGAGGCUCUGCGUCGGCGACAGCCUCUAGUUCCGCCGUUUAUCGAUUUGGAUCGCGAGUAUGCGAUCGCGCCCAAAUACAAUUUGUCGAUAUGCCGCAUCAAAAAAUCGAUGUCGACACUGAUGUCGGGCAUCUCGUGCGUGCUGUUCGACACCGACACAUUUCUGCGAUUGAAUCGAAGCAUCACGGAGACGUGGAGUCGGCGAUUCUGCGCCAACAAGAACGAGUACUCGCGAAUCGGCGAGGUGAAAUGGCGAAUGGGCGCCGCGCGCGCCAACUUCACGAAAAUCGCCGUCGUCCGCAAUCCGAUCAGUCGAUUCGUCUCGUUUUUCAUCAAUAAAUGCAUUCAGGAGGCGGCCAAGUUUCCGAAUCGAAAACAGUGCUACGAUUGCCAAGGCGACGUCAAAUGCUUCCUGGAGCGUCAAUACAAGAGGUUCAUGAAGUUGGCGUCGGGCGCCGCUCGCUUCAAACCCGGCUACGAGGACAAACACGCGUCGCCGCUCUCCUGGAAUUGCGAGUUCAAUCGGCAUCUCAACGAGUACAAGCUCGUCAAACUGGAAUCGGAUCCGGCGAGACGACAAAACGGAUUGAACGAUCUGUUGAAGUUGUUCCGCGAACAGAACGUGCCGAAUUCGACGAUCGACUAUAUUCGCAAAAACGCCAUGGAAAAAGCAACACCGCAUUCGACAUUUUCGAGCAGCGAGAAGAAGCGGAUAUUGAAAUUGAUCGCCGAUGAUCGUGCGAUUCGCGACUACCUCCGCCGAAUCUACUAUCUCGACUUUAUCAUAUUCGAUUUCGACGCUAGACAAUUGGACGACUAA